UUUUUUUUUUUUUUUUUUUUUUUUUUUUUUUUUUUUUACGUAUAAUCACACCAUUUAAAUAAUCGGUUACAUAGUUAUAGUACCUAUAGGUAUCAGAGUAUGAAGUUAGGUAGGUAUGGGACUCGCACUCGGGGAACCAACGCGAUGAUGUCAAAAAAACGAAUGACCUUUUCGCGGCCCAAGUCAAUUAAUUAUCUGACUCGAGAUCGCAACACAACGAACUCAGCCACUUGAAUCAUUUCAUCUCUGAGUCAACUCAACCAAGGGCCAAAUCCCGAGAGAACGCGUUAUUUAUUGCUGUGACCUUCCUUGCGUUGUUACCAGAACUCUACCUCGCAAAUUCCCCGCAUUCUAUUCUUCACAAUGGGAAAAACACCCCACCACCAAAAAGGUGAAGGAAGAGGAGGAGGAGGCCCUGCAAAUCGUGCAGUGGCUGUUUCCAAGGCUCUGAGUUUUCUUCUGCGCCAUGCUGCAGAGCGCGAGGGAUUGAAGAUGGAUCGGCACGGGUAUGCGAAUGUGGCGGAUGUGCUCGCAUGGCGAAAACUCAAGUCUUUAAAAGUCACCUUCCCCGAGAUUAUCGCCGCCGUGGAAACCUCGGACAAGAAGCGAUUCGCAUUGCGUUACCUCCCUGCUACGCCGCAACCGCCUACGCCUACGCCUACGCCCGCUACAACGGAGCCGGCCUCUUCUGCCGAGACCGACGCGGACGAAGCUGAAGAUACUAGGAACGCAAACACAACCGCGACCGCCCUGGCGGCGUCGACAUCGGACCAGGACGCCGCGCACUACUUGAUCCGCGCCACGCAGGGCCACAGUAUAAAAUCGGUUGCUGCGGAGUCGCUCCUGGAGCGGCUCUCGUUGGAGAAACCGGGUUCGUUGCCGGAGACUGUCGUGCACGGGACUUACCAUUCCGUGUGGCCGCAGAUAUUGGCGUCGGGGGGGGUGAAGUGCAUGGGGCGGAACCAUGCGCAUUUCGCCACGGGGCCGUCUGUGGAGUCUGUUUUGGAUGCUUUGAGUACUGCUACUUGGGCGAAGAAAGGAGAAGAAGCAGAAGAAGCAGGGCAACCGGUGAUAUCGGGAAUGCGACACGAUGCGCAGGUAUUGGUUUAUAUUGAUUUACGGAAGGCGCUGCAGGCCGGGUGUCCGUUUUGGAAGAGUGAAAACGGGGUCAUUCUGAGUGAGGGGAUGAGUCCUGCUGGUAAGGCAGACGAGCCGGGGGCCAAGGUGAUUCCAGUCGAUUGCUUUGAUGUUGUAAUUGAGAGACAGAAGGGACUGGGGAAGAUCUGGGAGAGGGGACAGACAAUCCAGACAUUGCCGGCGGAGUGGACACGGCGGGGGAAUCCGAAGGGAAGGAGGUAAGAUAGUUAGAUAGAUAGACUUGGGAUAUAAUACCAUAAAGUCUUGUAUAAGAUGAAAAUAUCCAAUCCCAUCCUAACUAACUAUCCCUAUGAAAAACUACUGACUCAAGCGGAUGCAAUACCGUUUCCCCCCUGGAGCGAUCCGACUUCCGACAAAUGUCGGAUCGUGACAUCUCACUCACGCCCUGCGUCUUACUUCCGACACUCGCCUCGAAAUUGUCCACUGGUGCGCUUCGUCGUACGAUUCCACUCCGCUUCCGACUGCAGAACCGCAAUUGCGGGGUCUCUUCCCAGAAUG